AUGCAAGGUCAUGAUAAUGCUUGUGGUGGACGCAGAAUUAUGAUGACCGAUCGUAGUUUUAAUCAUGACGAUAAUAAUAAUAACAACAACUCUCAAGAACCACCUUCGAAGGAUAAAGAGCAGGAGGAGAAGCAUCAGGAGGAUGUACAACAACUAGCUCAUCAUCAAGGCGUGUUGUCUUCAAUCGUGUAUCCAUCGUGUCCAUCCACUCAACCAUCACAACAGGAAUUAACGAAGAGUCACACACAACCACUAUUUCAGGAGCGAGAGGAGGAUGAAUCAAUGUCUUCACAUCGGAAACUCAUGGCGAUUCAUGAAAGCGAGUUCUCGACCCUGCAUGAGAUUCCACUUUCAUCAUGGUCCGAAGAAAUACAUGCAUCAAUCAUUGAUACUUUUCAGGAAGAAGAGCAACAACGGGUAUCAUUGAAUGCAAUUCUUCUUGAAAAUUCUGAUCUAGAAACAAUGUCUGCUAAUUUUAAUGCCAUUUCUUGCAUCACGUGUCGAAGAGGACACAAACGCUGUGGACGUCAGUUGCCAGCAUGUCAUGAAUGCACUUCGAAAGGUAAAAUCUGUGUCUAUCCUGAAGCCAAGAAAAGAGGUCGAACCGUGGGUAGCAAAAACAAGAUUCAAAAAAAGAAACCAGUCACCAUAAGUGUUCUUGGUUUGGAAAGUUUUGAAAAGGGAAAACAGAAUCACAAGUGUGUGAGUGUUUCAUUCUUAACGCCUCAGCAGCAACAAACUUCAAAACCAAUGAAAGGUCAGACAACAACCACGAUUUCUCAAAACAGCUCAGAGACUCUUGCAUGCACCUCUUCUCAACAAGCAUCCUCAUCAACAACAACCACUGGGACGGUUCAUUCAACUCUAAAUUUAUUCACUGGUCAUGUGAAAACCAAUCCAAUUCGAAAAAGGAAAGCGAAUAGUCAAUCGAAUAGCACGACUACACCUACGACUUCGAAUAGUAGCAACACUCCUCUCUUGACCAGUCAAGAAAAACCAACUCUGAACUUUUCCCUUAUUCCUUCACAGGUGAUCCAUUCAUCCUCAACCCGGAUUGGUACGAACUUUGACCACAUCGACAAAUCGUCAUCAACAACCCUUUCUCAUUCUGUUUCCACUUCUCAUGGGCGACCAACAUCCAUCACGAGUUCGGAAUCAGCUGAAGAUUCUGAUUAUCAUUCUCGUGGAAUUCAAAAACAAGUUCAACCCAAUCCUUCACAACACUCACCAUUUCUAAACUUGUCUUUCCCAUCAUCAAUGACACUUUCUCAACAACAACAACAACCACAAGUGAAUAUUCGAGAUGAAAUGAAUCAGAGAGCUGCUCUGCAUUCCGUUAAUUUUCACAAUUUACAAUUUGAUCCAAGCAGUCACUCAACUCAAGAAGAUCAUUCGGAUCAUUCAAAUCAAGCACCAGUGAAUUCUGAAAGUCAACCCCAUUCUCAAGGAAACACUUCUGCAUCGAUGAACUCCCAUUCAGCAACUAUUGAACGAAUUUUACAAUUGUUUCAAUACGCCAUUCAAAACAAUGCAGAUCCAUCCGUCAUUAAUCGUUUAUUAUCACUCCUUGUGAAACUAACCAAUGCUUCACAAAUCAUGCCACUCCUUCAACAACAAUUAUCCAUGGCGACCGCCACCUCCACUGUACACUCGAACACAAACCAAAAUUUUGAUCCAACAUUUCAACACCUCCUUCCAACAACCAUCAAUGUACAACAAUCUCUCAACCAUACUCUUCCCCAAGUCAUUGACGAUGCUGUGUAUUGUACCUUUGAACGAAACGCUGUUCUUUCUCAAGUGGUCUUGCAACAACAAACGGUGGAUCUUUUCUUUGGAGUGGUGAGUGCUGGUGUGUCAAUAAUUCCAAGAAAUACUUUUCAAACAAUACUCGCUGAGAGAGAAAAUUAUGGAAGCAGUACCCAAUAUUUUUCAUUGCUGUAUGCCAUUCAAAGUUUUUGUUAUCAGAGAUUUGGAAAUAAUGAAAAUGCAAUUCGAUCUUUUUACAGAAGUAAGGAAUUACUAUUUUCGGAAUAUCUUGAUUUGGAUCGACCUAGUUAUUUAGUAGCUGCGAUUUGUUGUUAUUUAGCAUCCUAUGCAGCUGCAUCCUCUAUGGAUCAAGAUGCUACUGAAUUAGUCGCUAUUACAAGAUCCUAUCUGUCACAAAUCAAAGAAAUGGACGACUCCCUGUCAUGUCUCAAACGAGGAUGUGUACUUGCAACUUUUAUAACACAAGAUUUCGAUUAUGAACAAGUUGAAGGAGUUUCAAAUUAUAUUCAACGAAAAUUACUGGAAGGAUACAAAUACAGUACAAGCUCCAAUACGGUCCCUGAAGAAUUAAUGUCCAUUCUCAGUCAACCACUUAAAAAAGAUACUCUCCCAAAAUAUUUGUACUUUGUGGACAAAAUUUAUGAAUGCUACACCAAAUACGACAAUGCAAAAAAGAAUGUACAAGAAAAGGGGAAAAUUUUAGCUCAUUUAAUUAUUUCAAUUACGAUGGUUUCUUAUCGACUAGGAAUUUAUAGAGAACUAGGGCUACGAGGAAGAGAACUUCGAUCGGUGACUGAAGAAUUGACACGCCUCUCGUCACAUCCAUUAUUUGGACAUAUUCCUCCUUUUCUAUUGAGUGGAAUUGCACUUGGAUGGAAAGCACAUGCAGAAGCCAUUGAGGAAAUUGAGCAUGAAGUUAAUCAAGAAGAUUCAAAAUUGAUGAAUAACGAUUUGAGGCAACAAUUUUUAUAUUACCAUGACAUGUUGGAAAGAGAUUUAUUGGCUGCUAGUUUGCUGGGAAAACGAUUUGUGAAAGUUUUUCGAGGAUUUGGACAUGUGGUGCAACGAAUGAUUGAUUGUGCUCGAAGAAAGACUUUAAUAAUUGGUGAAGAGUCAUCAUUCAUAAUUCAACCUCUUAAUACCAUAAUAGGAACGACAGUAUCGUCUUUGAAUUUGAAAUUGGAUUUGGAAUCGUUGCAAACCUUGUUUACGCAAUUCAAUCAGUAA